AUGGCUGUUGUGGAACAAGAAACCAGGGAGUCUUGGAUAUGGUUUUUGGAAAUUUUUGCUGAUGAUAUAGGGAGGCCAGAGGAGCUUCAGUUGGUCUUUAUUUUUGAUAGGCAAAAUGUAUGGCUUAUACCUGCAAUAGAGAAACUAUUCCCUAUUGUGGAGCAUAGAUACUAUGUGAAACACAUCUACAACAAUUUCAAAGUUGAUCACAAGGUAUUGGAGUUGAAGGAUGCACUGUGGAGGUGUGCGGCUGCCACAACAGUAAGGGAGUUUGAGAGAUGCAUGCAGUAUAUAAGGGAUUUAGAUGAAAAGGCAUAUGAGUAUCUUGCAAACAUUGCACCUGCACAGUGGACAAGGUCACACUUCACUCCGAGGGCCUUAACAUAUUGUUUGGUAAAUAACUUGAGUGAGUCUUUUAAUGCAAUGAUAUUGAAGUCUAGGGAUAAGCCUAUCUUUGCAAUGUUGGAGUGGAUUAGGGUUAGACUUAUGACUAGGCUUUACACAAAAAGGGAAAGGAUACAAAAGUAUGCUGGAAAGUUGUGUCCAAGCAUACAAGAUAGGUUGGAGAAAUUGAAGGUUGAAAGUAAGCCAUUUAGUGCUACCCUAGCUGGCAGUUUCCUUUAUGAGGAUUUCAAUGGCAUUCCUUGCAAACAUGCCAUAACAGCCAUUUAUACAAACAUUGAGACACUAGAAGACUACACCCACCCAUGCUACUUCAAAGAAACUUACAUGGAGAUAUACAAGGAGGUACUUCCUCCCAUGCCUGGCCAGACAGAAUGGGUUGAGACUGGACAGCUUGCUCCCCUAGCACCUCACAUAUACAAACCACCAGGCAGGCCACCUAAGCAAAGAAAGAGGGCUUCUGAUGAGCCUAGGAAGCCUUACAAAGCAAGUAGGCUGAACAGACCUGUAAGGUGUGGGAAAUGCAAAAAGGAAGGGCCUAACUCAAUAGGGUGCAAGGUUGGCGUCACUGGGGAGACACCAUGGCAAAGGAGACAGAGGCUUGAAAGAGAGAAGUUGUAA